CGAUGAAGUGUUUAACAAUCCUAGCAUUACUGGUUACUGUGUGUGCUGUACUUCUUGAUGUUCGGCACAUUGAAGGAAAGGAAGAUGAUUUUCAAUCUCUUGGAGAUUCAAUGAACGACAAAGAAGAUUUGUAAGCCACUUUAAUUCCUUCAGAAAAUUAUACAUAACUGAUACAGUUUACAUAGUAUUUGAAAUGUUUCUCCCAAAACCUUUUAAUAUGGUGUUUUUUUUCUAUAUAUGUAUCCUAAAUGCAAACAUUUUCAGUGUCAGUGCACAGCACCGUGCACCGAGCCAGGUCAUAUAGCAUACUAUAUCAAACAAAAAUCGGAUCAAACUCUAAGUUGCCAUACGUCACCAUACCAGAACACAUUGAACCAAAAUAAUUUUUGUCCAUUAGUAACCUAUAUCGUAUCAUACAUAUGUACAUAUCAUAUUUCUAAAAGACAUCUAGUUAAAGACAUAAUCGGCAUAAUUAGUAAAUGAAUUCAUCAUUCAGUUCAUGUCAAUAACACUAAUUUUGAUACUUCUAAUUUAGUGAGUAUUCCUUGAUGGACAGUGUAAACGAAGAGACUCCAUCAAACAUGGAAGAUGAACCAUACAUAUUCAAACGCAGACCAGGUCGACGUCGUUACACUGGUCGUGCAGCUCGCAGUGUAGGUCGUGGUGCUCGUCGUUUAUAACGCGUGUAAAUUCUCUGGAAAAUUAGUGCUAGAUUUGAAAGGAUGAAAUGUGUGUAUCAAUUAAGAAAAAAGAAUGUAAUGAAACACUUUAAUACCGGAUUAAAAUCGAAAUCAGUAUUGUUUA